AUGAUUGUGCCAAGGACAAUGAUUGAUAAUGGGUCGUCAGCCAAUAUCCUCUUCAAAUCCUCAUUGGAAAGGAUGGGUUUGGGAGCAAAGGAUUUAGAGCCCUGCGAACAUCUCAUCUAUGGAUUCACAGGAAGUGGUAUGGCACCGGCUGGACUUAUUAAGUUACCAAUGACAGUGGGAAUAGCCCCCAAGAGUGUCACUAUCAUGGCAUUAUUUGUGGUAUUGGAUAUAAUAUCUCCCUACAACGCCUUAAUCGGCCGCCCAACCCUGUAUGACCUGAAAGCAGUCACUUCUAUCUUUCACCUCCUCGUCAAGUUUCCUACCCAGGGUGGAAUUGGCUGCUUGAAGGGCAAUCAAAUAGUAGCACGAGAGUGUUACAACCUAUCCAUCGCAACCAAGGAGAAAGCAGCCAAAUCCCUUAAAGCUACGACAAGUAGUUCUCAACAAUGA